UUCUAGUUAAGUAACAAGUGAUAAUAUGAUUUUGUGAAAGAUGAAAGCAUCCAACGCAACUCUACUAGCGAUUCUUCUCGCACUCACCACGUGCGCCAGCUUCUCAACCGCCAAAACGGACAAACGUCAGCUGAAGGACGUCCAGCUGAAGAUUCCGCAGCAAAUCCCGGCACGACGCCUGUGCACCGACGACGCCGACGACUGUGUCGAAACUUGUCCCAUUGACUAUGACCUCGAUCCCAAGAAGCGGUACUGCCGUUACAAACGGGCUUCCUGUCCGCCGAACUACAUCCGCCGUCAGGGAAGUUGCGUCCUGGCUGACGUGCAGUGCCCGCCAGGAAGUGUCCGGCAGGGGAAUCGAUGUGUGGUGAAGAGCUUUGAGUGUCCCUCGGGGUACCUGCUGGAGGGAACCAAUUGCGUCAACUCCAAGUACUGCCCGAACGGGUUUCACUGGGAGAACGGAUUUUGCUAUCAGCAGCAACGGCAACGUGAAAAUUUACAAAUGUGUCCUCAUGGUUAUGAAGUCCGUAAUGGGAUUUGUAUUCAAAUUUGUGUCAAUUGUGAUGCAGCUUGUGCGGAAUGCGAAGAGGAGGUAGCACCUCUUAGCUGCCCCAGCGGAUUUAAUUCGUACCGCGGAAAAUGUCUCAAGAUAUUGCAGGGGAGAGCCGAAGUAGUGCUGAGAAAUAUUACAUACAAGGUUCCGGUUGAGUGUGAUGACGAAGAGAUUUACAGUGAUGGAAGCUGCAUUUCUUACAAAUACGAUCCAAUACGCUGCUCUAGCGGUCAUUUCUACAAUGGGAAAUGCGUUGAAGUGGCGAAAUGUUCUCGUGGAUCACUGCAGAAAGAUUGUGAGUGUGUCGUUGAGCACAGUGUUCCGGCUACGUGCCGCCAAGGUCAGCCAAGGCCAGUUGGAUGUGUUACAGGAAAGGCGCAGUGUCGGAAGCCGGCUCAGCUUAUCAACGAAGCGUGUGUCAGGAAGGUCGACACUCAUAAAGCCUUCUGUUCGCGAGGUAAUCCAUCUGGAGAUGUGUUUUGUGAAGUUGGUACUCCUCAAUGUCCAAGUGGAUUUACACUGGAAGGAUCUUACUGUAAGAAGAAUCAUUCAUAUUCACUGAGUUGUGGCAGACAACAGUUGGAAAAUGGUUGGUGCACAUCGGACGCAAGCUGUGACUACGGGUACAAACUGUACAACAACAGUGGAUGCAUCAAGGAAUCCAACGUUCCGGAAAGCCUCUGCCCACAAUCCACAACAUACGACGGCGAGCAUUGCGUCAGUAACGUUGCCCUGUGCAGCCAAGGACUUGUGUACGAAAGUCAGUACGGAAUGUGCAUAAGAUGUGCCGAAAAGAGUGUUGUUUGUGAUGAAACAGCCGGUUUCCGCUUGAGGGAAGGAGUCUGCGUUCGUUACGAACCGCUUUGCCCGGCGGACUAUCGAUGGGAGACCAAUCACUGUGUCAGGGACUUUUACCAAGAAUGCACUAAGGGACAUUUGUACGAAAACUACUGCAUCGACAGCCACCUGAGGUGUCCGGAUGGCUACGAGCUUAAAGACAAUGUUUGUAUCAAGGAAGAACUUCCGGGCUGUCCCGAGGGAAGCAUGUUCCAAAACGGAUUCUGUACAACGAAUCUGGAAUGUCCGGAAGGUUAUAACUUCGGACCAAACAGCUGCAUACAAGAGACGCGAACUCCACUCAACAGCACUUCAAAACCAAGCUGCCCUGCUGACUAUCACUAUGAGAACGGUAUCUGUAUCAGAACAAUCUGGAGAAACGCAACAAUAGAAAACAGAACGCCAGAGUGUACCAAUGGAUACAGAAUGGAACAAGGAAAGUGCACGAAGGACUAUUACGGAGUUCAAGUGUGCCCCCCGAAAACUAUCCACAUGAAUCAAGAAAACAGCUGCUUCUGCAAGGUCGACCUCAUUUGUCCCCCCGGAUACGAACGGAUCGGUGAUGAAUGCAUCUUCCGAUCGUCAGGAUACUAUUCGCCAUAUCUGAACUUUCUGAACCCUUGCUACGGCAUGCAGUGUGGACUGCAGUACUGCCUAUCCCAGUGCUUCAGUCCUCCGUGUCCGUUCCAACUCUGCUCAUUUGGAGCCCACCAACAGCUCAAUCCUAUGUAUAUUGGCAACAUUCAGCAAACCCCCGAUCAGUGCGGAAUCGGUGGCGAAGCAUGCAUCGAAGAAGAGCUGUCACGCGAAACAAUCGUCAGGCUAAUCUGUCCACCUGGGUACAAUCGAGAGAACGGCACAUGUGUUGCAUAUUACGAGCGGAUUUGUCAGUCCGGCUACAAGAUGAAAACUGGACGAUGCGUGCGAACUGAUCAGGUUAAAGCGCUUUGUCCGUUGGGUUUUGCUCAGUUGAACGAAACUUGUGUUCGCAUUCAGUGUGACUUCGGCUAUGCCCGUGAAGGAACCAGCUGUAAGAAGGUUGAGUAUCGAUCGACGAUUCCCUGUCCAAAGAACUACGUUCUGUUGGAAGGGUUUUGCAUCCUGAGAAGCGAGUGUUCUGGAGGAUCCAUUGAAGCGGGAUCCUGCGUUAGAAGACAAUACGCUCCGUCCAGUUGUCCACUAAAUUUCCUGAUUCACAACAACACGUGCAUCGCACAAGGAUUCUGCACGGUACGUGACAUGUUCCUCACAGAUCACGUAUGUCGCAGCAGAGCUUCACUCCAGCUGGUGUGUCCAGCGGGGACGAAGCGCGUCAGGAACCUUUGCAUUUAUCCGGAAGUUCCAAAAUGUAAGCAAGCAAGCAUCAUGCCAACAAACUGCACCGGUAGAAUCGAACGAGGAGAUCUUUGUGCUUACAUUGAAACACCGUCCUGUAAUCGAGGCUACAUACUAAAGGAAGGCAAAUGUAUUCUUUGCUCUGCGGAGAAACCUUACUGCCCGCCCGAUAUGGUCAUUGUCGAUGGAAAGUGUGUAAAGUAUCGAGUUUCCUGCAAAAACGGAAUGUACCUGAACAAACAAGGACAUUGCACAUCAAUCGACACCAAGCAAGCAGCCUGUCAGCAGGGCAAGUUGUGCUCCGGAAAGUGCAUCCACGAACUACCAUCGUGCAAGUCCGAUUACAUGAUCGAUGGAGAUGUUUGCAUGACCAACGAAGUCACCAUUGCGACUUGCAGUAAUGGGAUGCUGAGGGAUGGCAGGUGUGUCGAGAUGAUUCAAUGUAAAGAGCAUGGUUACACACUGACCAACGGAUGGUGUAUUCGCGACGAAAGCAAUGAACCCACCUGCAGCAGUAAAACAACCCGCGUUCGGGAUCAGUGCGUCAACGGUGUGCCAAAGUGUCCGGAAAACCACUUCAACGCCAACGGCCAUUGUUACGCGAGCCAGGUACAACCAGCCGAGUGUGCCGGCGGUGGAAAGUGCCUGGACAACUUUUGCCACAUCACUUAUCCCAGCUGUAACUCGUUGUUUGAAUUUGAUGGUUCAGUUUGCAAAACUCCACAGCUAAGUGGGCCCAAAUGCCCGGUCGGAACCGUGUCCGAUCCCAACGACCGCAGUUACUGCCUCUACUCGUCGGAACAUGCUGACUUUCUCUGCGCAAGUGAAUACUACUACAAGAACGGUAUCUGCCAAAAACGGCAGUACGGCGAUGCAUCCUGUCCAAGCGGAUACCGUCGAAAGGGUGAUCUGUGCGUUCGACGAUCUUGCAACAGUGCUUCUCUCACAAACUACUGCCUCACAAUUGGCUCAACCCAGACAUCAUUCAGACCACCAGAACCUCAACCCCAUUUUGUAGCACAAGACUCAACCAGUCACAUGAAUCCCAUGAAUCAUGCAAAUUCACCGCAGGGCGAAAAAUGCUGCCAUAUUUACUCGCCUCGAAUUUGUCAAAAAGAUGAGAUCAGCCAAGAGUGGACCUGUUACCAUACGGAACAUGAGCGCUGUGGAGCGUUCUGCACCGAACCGGAUCAACGUAUUUACCUCCAAACAUCCCGCUCAUACAAUCUCGACGGCAAGUUGAUUCUGUUUCCAGCGGCUGUGAUCGCUGACGAAGAGGAUGAAGGAGACGACGACUACAUCGAUGAACCUUAUUCAGAUUGCGAUGGAUGUUCGGACCUGAGCUAUGACUGUUCCAGCUACUGUUACACGUUCGACUGCUACAAGGAUGAGGGUGGUUGCACCUACAUGAAUCAGGAAGACUUCUGCCGUAAAUAUCCCGGAGCGGGAUGCUCGGCAAAGGAUGGGUGCCACGAUCGGCGAGUGUGUCAGCCGUAAUGGGACACAUGGGGCGAAUUGGGACAGCAGUUUUAACCAUGUUAGAGCACAAUAUUUCGAUUUUUCUUAUUGGUUUCGGAUAGAAAAGACUCAGACCAACAAAAUGUGUACAUCCAUUUCCAAAUUUAAAACGUGUAAGUGCUUUAAACACUGCUGUCUCUAUUCAGACUGUAGUCCCGAUUCACCCCCGAUUAGUUGUUUUUCCCAGCUUUUCCAUAAUUAGCCAAAAUUUAGACAUUGUCAAACAAAAUAGGGACAUUUUCUUGCAAUACAGUUUCAAAGAAUAACACAAAAAGAUGUAUAAAUAUCACAAGUUUCA